AUGAGAGUCCGACAUGCUGCCUGUGAGCCCUGCCGACGGGCAAAGCUGGCCUGCGGCCAUGAAAGGCCUUGCACCCGAUGCCGCAGCCGCAACCAGAUGGACCAUUGUGUAUACCGGGAUCGGCCGUUUAGGAGGAAGAUACACAGCGAUCGAAUUAGAAAGCAGAGCAUUGGAGGGUCGAUAUGUGUAGAUGCUCUGACCACUCCACCCUUGGAGGCGUCUCCAAUCUCAGGCGUGUUGUGCACGUCUUCGUCCCAGCCACGACGGUAUCCAAAUCCGGGCUUUCUCGGGGUGCCUAGCCAUGCCACCAUUUUCAACCACGUGUCUUCCCGUGCUCCCACCGGCAUGGUCGUUGCUCAGCAAGAGGAAGCAACACUUUCACCCAUGUCCAGUUCUCCAUCAGACGCGUUCAUGAUUGAUCAGACAACGCUUGAUAAAGCAAACCAUGCUUUGAGUCUGUUGGACCAGCUGCAAGUUUCCGCGCUGGCGUCUCUAGUGCGCUUUUGGCUUAAAAAGGGGGUCAACCUAGCUUUGGCAGAGCCAUUCGUCGAGACGUGCGUCGAUGCUGCUGUCGACUGGAGAGAUCUGUCGACUCUUCCUGCGGGUAGCAAUGCUACUACUCAAAGAGCGAGGGACUUGUUGGAAAACUCGCACAGGCCGCUUACUUUCCAUCAGCACUCCACACCAUCUGAAUAUCUGCAACAGAUGACCGGAAAGAACCUUCGAUGGGAAAGUCUCGGAAUCUUCCUUACAGCAGCGAGUAGAGCUGCGUUGGACACCUCCUCGUUUGCUCCACUUUACAACAGCGAUGAGCGGCGUCGCGGACUGAUCAAGGCAUUAAUGUACCUUGGAGACUGCUGCUUGGAAACAUGCCUUGCUUUGGACUGUCUCAAUGAUUUGCAGCUAGUGUUGCAGUAUGAAAAUCUCAUUGUACACUCGCAAGUCGACGGGGAUCAGAGCUACCACUCUUGGCGACGGAUGGGCGAUGUGGCCAGCUCGUUAUUCGCACUCGGCUACCAUGAAAAGAUUGAAGCAGACUCUUCAGACGUUCCGUUAUUUGUCGCUGAGCUGCGGAGGUCUUGCUUUGCGCGCGUCUUUGCUGCGGACAAGAGCUUGGCUGUAUUCCUGGGCCGGCCCCCGCGGGUUACCAAAGAAUUUUGCUAUUUCCAGGUCCCAUUGACGAUGGCGAGUGCUUGGAACGACGCUGAUGGUACAAUAAAAAGAGACAGCAACAGUCCUUUGUCCUACCAAAUAAUAAGUGGCCGGGAACCAAACGACGAGCAGACUUUAAACUAUACGUCAGACACUGUUUGUUCAGCCGUUUUUGCGCUCCUCAAGGAGGAACAAUGGCAGGAUUUGCCUGCGCAUUAUCGUCUCACCACCGGCCUUAAAGACUGCCCCCUAGGGCCUUUUUCGAGAGAUUUCUUAGCGGGGGCUCGGCUAGAAUAUCUUCACACACACUUUCUACUUGGAUUCCUAUCGCAGCGCAAGGUAGCUGAACCUGACGAGGCACUUCUGAAGACUGCGAGCGAGAUGCUUUCGAUUGUGGUCGAGAUCAUUAUCCUGCGGGAUCGGAUGGCAAAUUCAGGGACAUGCCUUAUUUGGAAGGUUGCCCAAUACGGACUGCCGGCCGCAGGCUUCAUAUGUCUUGCGCUUUUGAGCUCGACAAACCCCGACUCGCAUCAAUUCUCCCGAUCAAAGAUGAUUCAAGACCUCAGCGUCCUCGUUGCAGAGAUUACAAUCGGCGCAUGGAUCCAGCCCGGAGAGCCCAACUACGCUCUCUUCGCGCAGGCGACGAGGACGAUACAGAGCCUACUCGACUCGCUGACUGCGGCAAAGGAGCAAACUUCCAAGACAAGUGAUUCCCAGCAGUUGAUAAAUGCCGAUGGAGCGGACAGUAACUGGGAUCCGUAUAUUAAUUCUCAAUCUUGGGAACUUGAGAUGGACUUUUGGGCCAGCUUGGCGGAACACCCUACCUUG